AUGGGAGUAGCAGUUCUUGGGUAGACUUCUCCUUCUGAGAGAACUCCACCUCCAUUUUUCAGUCCUUCCAGUAGGGAAAGAUGAGUGUCAGAGCUCAGAUGGUUCCCUUCUCUGGGUAGGGAAUCUUUAGAAGAAGAUAAGAAGAGGGACUCCAGCACCACAGACUUCCCAAGUUACAGAGAUGACUAGAUUCAGAUGCAUAUCACCUGCAGAUUCUCUCCACACAGAGUUUGGAAGCUACAAGUCCCAGAUGAACCCCUGGAUUUAUGGGCUGCCCAUUCUGUUCUUGAGUGCCUAUUUUAUUACCAGCAGUGUUGGGGACUCUAACAUGGAACUGAGGUUGACCAAUGGAAGUAGCAGAUGUACUGGAAGACUGGAAGUGAAAUUCCAGGACCACUGGGGUUUGGUGUGCAAUGAUGGCUGGAGUGGAAAUGAGAUUUCUGUGAUCUGCAGGCAGCUGGGGUGUCCACCUAACAUCAAUAUUCUUCAGGGGCAGAAUUGGACUGUUCUACCUGGACUCUUCUGGUCUGCUAACGUUUCCUGUUAUGGGAAUGAAUCUUCUCUCUGGAACUGUAGACACGAUGGCUGGAGAGAGCAUAAUUGCACUCACCGUCAGUAUGUCCAAGUGUCUUGCACAGAUGAAGCGGACUUGGAACUGAGACUGGCAGAUGGCGCUAACCGUUGUGAGGGCAGAGUGGAGUUGAAAGUUCGAGGAGAGUGGGGGACUGUGUGUGAUGACAAUUGGGGCAGUAUGGAAACUUCCAUAGUGUGUAAACAGUUGGGAUGUGGAUCAGUUCUUCAUUUCCUUGGGAAUAACAAAAAUGGAUCUGGACCCAUUUGGCUUGAUGAAGUUUCCUGCCUUGGGAAUGAAUCAGCUCUCUGGAACUGCCACCACAAUGGAUGGGGACAGCAUAAUUGUAAUCAUGAAGAGGAUGUGUCUGUCAUCUGCUCAGAUGGAGCAGAUCUGACCCUGAAGCUGGGUAAUGGAACUAGCAGCUGUUCAGGGCGAGUGGAGGUGAGAGUACAAAACCAGUGGGGAACAGUCUGUGACGACAACUGGGACAAGAAUGCUGGGGCUGUAGUAUGUAGGCAAGCAGGAUGUCCAUCUACUAUGAUGGCCUUAAUUAGCAUUAAUGCUAGUUAUGACAUUGAAAACAUUUGGCUUGAUGAGGUUUCCUGCAAUGGGAAUGAGUCAUCUCUCUGGGACUGCAAACACAGAGGAUGGAAAAACCAUGACUGUGGACACAAUGAGGAUGUUGGAAUGAUGUGUAUAGAUUCAUCUGCCCUGGAGCUGAGGCUUCUUGGGGGAAGCAGCCAGUGUGCAGGGAUAGUGGAGGUAAGAGUCCAUGAGGAGGCGGGAGUCGUGUGCAGAAGCAGCUGGUCACUGAAAGAAGCCACCAUGGUUUGCAGGCAGCUAGGCUGUGGAGUUGCUGUCAGCAUCCCCAUGGAGCACAGCUUUGGAGACAUCUCUAAGCAUGUCUGGAUCAAAGGAACCAAAUGCUUUGGAAAAGAGGAAUCUUUUUGGGAUUGUGGGAAUUGGGAAUGGGGAAAGAGUUUCUGUCAUGAGGAUGAAAAAGCUGCUGUCAUCUGUUCAGGCCACAUGCAGCCUCGACUAAGUGGAGGGGAUUUUCCCUGCUCAGGAAGAGUGGAAGUGAAGCACCAAGGCAGCUGGGUCUCUGUCUGUAGUCCUGACUUUCCUCUGCAGAUGGCCAGUGUGUUGUGCCAGGAGCUGCAAUGUGGCACGCCUGUCUCCAUCCUGGAAGGUAUUCACUUUGGAGAAGGAGGAGAUGGCCAGAUCCUGACCAAGGAGUUGCGGUGUAAAGGCAACGAGUCUCAUAUCGCAUUGUGCCCCACAGUGCCCAUACACAGCAGGAAGUGCAACUCUGACAUGACCAUUGGCCUGAUCUGCUCAAGGUACACAGACUUCCGGCUGGUGGACGGCAACUCCAGCUGUGAAGGGCGAGUUGAGAUCCAGGUCCAAGAUGUCUGGGGAACCCUCUGUGGCUCCCAUUGGGGUCUGGCCAAUGCCAAUGUUCUCUGCAAGCAGCUUGACUGUGGAAUUGCUGUCUCAGUCUCUACAGGAGUGCAUUUUAGAGAAACAAGAGGCCCUGUCUGGGGGCAUAGAUUUCACUGCUCAGGGACUGAGUCCCAUCUGGAGACUUGUCCAAUGACUGUCUUGGGAGCCUCACUUUGUUCUCCCACAAAUAUUGCUUUUGUGAAGUGCUCAGGAAACCCAUGGGAUGCACAACUCCUAUGUCAAGGUGUUCAGCCUCAGCCACCUUUAUGCUCAGAGCUGAGACAGAUCAACCUUGUGAAUGGGGGAGAUCGCUGUGCUGGAAGAGUUGAGGUCUACCAUGAGGGUGCCUGGGGCACUAUAUGUGAUGACUCUUGGGACCUAAAUGAUGCUCAGGUGGUGUGCAGACAGCUCAGUUGUGGAGCGGCCAUCAAUGCCACCGUCUCUGCUUACUUCGGAGCUGGAACUGGGCCCAUUUGGCUGGAUGAUAUGAACUGCUCUGGGAAUGAAUCCAAGAUGUGGCAGUGUCCGUCAAGUGCCUGGGGUCAACAUGAAUGCAGGCACAAGGAAGAUGCAGGAGUUCUUUGCUCAGAGGUCAUGUCUCUGAGGCUAUUCAGCGCAUCCAACACCCAGGCCUGUGCAGGACGACUGGAAGUCUUCUACAAUGGGACCUGGGGCAGCAUUGGCAGACAUAACAUGACUGCAGUCACCGUGGGAAUAGUCUGCAGGCAGUUAGACUGUGGAGACAAUGGGACUUUUGACCCUGCUCCUACAGACAAGGCAAGUUCCAGAACCAUGUGGGUCAGUGGUGUCCAGUGUCCUAAUGGAGCUACCUCCCUUUGGCAGUGUCCAUCAGAUCCAUGGGAGAAGAGACCCUGCAGUGCAAGAGAGGAGGCCUGGAUCACAUGUGUUGGCAAGAUUCGAUUACGAGGAGGAGACUCCCGGUGUUCAGGGCGUGUGGAGGUCUGGCAUGAAGGCUCUUGGGGGACAGUGUGUGAUGACUCCUGGGACCUGGCUGAUGCUAAGGUGGUCUGUCAACAGUUAGGUUGUGGCUCAGCCCUGGGUGCCCCAGGGGAGGCUGCAUUUGGCCGAGGAAUUGGGCCCAUCUGGCUGAAUAAUGUUCAUUGCAAAGGAAAUGAGUCUUCUCUGUGGAAUUGUACUGCUGAUCACUGGAAGCAGACAGAUUGUGAGCACAAAGAAGAUGCUGGGGUGAGGUGCUCAGGUGUUCUGAUGCCCACAGAACCUCAUGAAGCCUCAGAUCACAAAGCCUUCAACAUGUUUUGGAUCCUUGGGGUCAUUCUGAUAAUGCUGCUCCUGCUUGCUUUCUUCCUGUGGUCCAAGACUAGAAGAUGGACUUACCAAAUCAGAGGAGGGAAUGUUCUUCAGGAAGUUUUUUACAAGAAGAUGGAUGUUCACCAGAAGGAUGAAGAAGACCUACAUCUAUACAGCCACCCAGAGUCUCCUAAUGGCUUAAGAGGUGGCCUAAGAUCUGAUUCUGAAGUUGCUGGAGAAGUCUUUGAGCCUGAACCACUUCCCAUUUCCUGGGUUGACAAAAAGGAUUCUUUGGGACUUCCAGAAGAGUGGAGCAGGAACAGAAAUUCUACAAGUCAACAUCUACAAUUUCUUGAAAGAGACACCACCUUCUGAACAGAAGUUAGAUAAAACUGUCCCUUUGAUAAAACACCAUUGUUUCUCUGAAUAUGACUAAAAUCCCAACUACAUGGGAUGACAAAUUGGGUAAAUUGUUAUCCUAUUCUUCCUUGGAUCAAAAUCAAUAAGAACAAUAUGACUUUAA